AUGAAACUUUUCUUCUUUUUAAGUGUAGCAUUAGCUACAACAAAUAUAGAGCCAUAUAUUAUAGGACAAGACAUUCCAUUUGAUUGUAUUCAAAGAAAUAUUGAUACUGGUGAACAUAUAUUUGAACAGAAUAAAAUAGUUUACGGUCCACCACCAAAAUGUCUUGAAUCAUCAAAGCCGUUAACUUUUAAAUAUGGUAUUGAACAAGAUUUUAAUUGUACAAUUACUAUUACUGAUGAAUUAUAUCAUUUAUUUCAAUUAUAUUUACAUGAAGAUGUUCCUUUUUCAUGUAGAAUUCCGUUAAGUUCAGAACAUAUGAGUAUUGAAAAAGGCGGUACUUCAAUACCUUUUACAUUUAAUCUUAGAGGUUCACUUUCUGAUUCCCAUUUAGAUAUAGAUCCAAAUUUAAAUGUUUUAUUUACUCCAUUUCAAAAUAGUUUUGUUUCUGCAAUUGCUUAUUCUUCAAGUUUAAAUACUACAAGAGUUGUAAUUGGUGAUAAAUUAACGUUACAUUUUGCUUCAAGAUGGAAUCUACAUAAAAACAUAAAAGGUUUUUAUAGAAUUCCAAAGUCAAAUAACCUCCAUUAUGUAUAUUUAGCUACUUGUUGUUUAUUUGGUAUUGUUAUUGGUACAUUAUUUUCAAAUUUUAAUAAAAAGAAGAAUGUACUUGA